AUGCCUGUUAAAGUUCUCGAAGAAAAAGUUAUUUUAGAACACCCCUCUGGUUCUUCUACUGAAGUAUAUUUUUAUGGCGCUACUGUGACCAGUUGGAAAUGUAAAGGGAAAGAACGUUUAUUCUUGAGUAAAAAUUCUUUCCUUAAUGGGACAAAGGCUAUACGAGGAGGAAUUCCACUAGUUUUCCCUCAAUUCGGAAAAGCAUCGGAUUCAUCCUUUGAAACUGCGAUACUUCCACAGCACGGACUUGCGGAUAAUCAAGUUCCGGAAAAUCUUCGUAAAGAAUGGCCAAAGAAAUUUAGGAUUAUUUAUACAAUAACUUUAACUGAAGAUACUUUGAAUAACCAUUUAACAGUGAAAAAUGAGGAUAUUAAAUCUUUCUAUUUUAAUGCACUUUUACAUACUUAUUAUUAUGUUCCGGAUAUUUCCAAAGUGUCCAUUAAGGGACUCUCGAAUCUUUCAUAUAUUGAUAAAGUUACCAAAAAUACGCAAGUUACUGACACUAAUGAUUCAAUAACGAUAGAUCAAGAAGUCGAUCGAAUUUAUGCAGAUGUUCCUUCAGAUGAAAUUUAUAUUGAUUUGGGACAUGAAGAUUUUGACAAUUUUAUUUUGAGAAAGAUCAAUUUAAAAGAUACGGUUGUUUGGAAUCCAUGGAUUGAUAAAGCACAUGGAAUGUCUGAUUUUGGAGAUGAUGAGUAUAAACAAAUGGUUUGCGUGGAACCAGGAACUGUUUCUGAAUAUGUGAAUUUGAAUGUUGGUGAGACUUGGGAAGGUGGACAAAUAUUAAAGAUUAGUAAAUAA